AUGGCUAGGAUCUACCUAACGCAGCGUUUUCCGUUGGGGACGCGCAUAAAAAAGUACUUUAGAGGAUAUAGAGACCCUUUUGAAGGCCUCGUGGACCACCAUUCAGACCUGACGAACUUCUAUCAUAUUUCUUAUGAUGACGGAGACAGCGAGGAGAUGACGGAAGAGGACGUCGAGGCACACCUUUUUUCCUUGCCUAAGCCACAAAGGCCACUUAAGACACCCAAGAAACCCAAGACGUCUAAGAAGCCCAAACCGCCCAAGACACUCAAAACGCCUAAAUUAAGUAAGCCGCCCAAAGCAAGUAAACCGCCCACACCGUCAGCUAUGAAGACCGAUAAAGAUGAAGAUAUCGUCAGUAUGUCGUCGGUAGAAGCAGAAGUGUCGUCUCCUACUGCGUCUGAAGGUAAAAGGAGACCGACGGUGCUGAGCCUUAAUGCAAAUGCUCCUGGAUUGAUGUGCAGCAAUAGUUUCGCUACUUCGUCAUGUUCUAGUGAGGCGACGAACGAGUCACCAGCUGUAUCUAUUCCGGCCAAUACGCUAGAAGAAGUGGAAAAGGAGGAGAAAAUAGAAGAUGAAGAAGAAAUGAAGGAUCACAGAGACGAGGAGAAGAGAGGCGACAGCUCAUUGAAUAGCACCCCAGAAGAAAUUAAUCUGCUUAUUGGUAAGCCAGUGGCGAGGAAAGUUACAAAAGAAGGACGCAGUAUCAAUGUUGUGCAAGGUACCGUGGUAAGCUACUUUCCUGCAACAAAGAUGUUUCGUGUGAUGUAUAUCGACGGGGAAUGCUGUGAUCUUACAUAUCAAGAAGUAUCUGACAGCAUUCCACCAAAUUUGCGCCCGGUUGGAGUUGGCGGAAAGAACAAACGAAAGAUAGAAAAACCGGCUCAAAACGAAGGGGAAACAAGUCUUAGUGCUCCAUCAUUAUCAUCAAAGCGGCCAAAGACUCUCGAUUUGAAGACCAAUGUUACAGGGCAGACCCAACGGAGUCCUAUGACAAGCUCACUGUCAUCAGGAACCAGGCAACCUUCAAGCCCUGUCAUUCACGAGACAGAAAUGGAAGCGAUUGACAACAUCGCGUUCAACAUCGUCCGCAAGGUGCUAUUUAUUGUUGUCAGCACAGUCAAAAAUACUGCGAUGGAGGCGCAGCUAGAGGCUCUUUCCGCGGCAGGCUUGAAGGAUAAAGAAGCACUGGAGGCGUUUGUGCAGAAAGAUGGCCUGAGUUCCUUAGCCGAGCUUUUGUCUAAAUGGGAAGACCAAGUGGAAACGGAGCAAGGAGUACUGCUUAUUCUAAAGACCCUUGCAGUAUUGCCCGGUGUGACAAAAGACGUGAUCAGAGAUAGCAGAAUUGGCAAGAAAGUGCGUGGAAUUGAAAAACAGGGUUUUUAUAAAGAUGCUGCUAUACCUAGCCUUGCUACAUGGGUAAUCCAAAAGUUGAAAGCUGACGUUGGAGUUCAAGAAGUGAACCAAAAAUCCGACAAGGAUAGGGUCCAACGUGAAGAAGAAAGCCACUUGCGAGGAUCAAAUUUCCAGAAGCAAAGCACUUCCGACGUCCGUAGCGUGAAAGACAAUGACCGUUCAGCUACAGCCAAAGUAAAGGACAGCUUGCGACCACAAGAUGCUAGACUGGAGAAAGAAAAAUCAUCGACUGUCUUGAAUAGUGGCGGUCGGUCCAACUCGGCGAGUCAUUUGCUGAAUCUGAUGAACUCGCGUAAUGGUCGCACCUCUCGCCGUGACAGAGACAUUUUCGGAAAUGUUGUGACUGUUGGCAAGCUUGGGACACCAAACAAUUGGCGAGCCCGGCGCUCAACAGUGGUAUUGGAUCAAGUAAGCAAGCGAUUGACUGAAAAUGCUCAGGAUGUCGAGUUCGUGAAGACGAAGCAGGCCGAUGACGGCGAUUGGAAGCCGUCCAAAAUUUCAUUUGGGAAUGUUGAUGCAGUGUGCGCAUUUGACAAGGACGUUGCAGUCUCAAAGUUACUUGUCUUUCGUCCGCCUGGAUCGACGAAGGCUCCAGUGCGCCCGCCGCUGAAGCCACGCUCAGGCCCGUUACGAUCGAUUCUGCGGGUGAGAAUCUAUCCCCGCACAGCGUCAGAAAAUGCACCGCGGUCCAGCGAGAGAAAAACACAAUCUGCUCCGCCUACGGCCCACUUAACUGCAAAACCUGACGUCGACCCCGUAGCAGUCCCUGUUAAGCGUCUCUCGCUGAGUAGUAGAAAGUACCGGAAGACGGAGUGA